AUGAUCGUAUUACAAGCCAUUAAAUCUAUUUCUCCAUCAUCCGUUUGUAAACAAUUAUUGGGGUAUACUUCAUCGAUAAAAUGUUUAUCUAAUCAUGGCCGAUUAUAUCAGCGAUAUUGGAUAACCAGUUGUAGGCUACAAACAACAUCAGUCGAGAUUAAUGAAAGUGUUAAACCUUACGAGGACAUUCCUCAACCUAAACGUCUUCCUCUUAUUGGUACUGCUCUAGAUUAUUUUCGCAAUGGGCGUGAAGGAUUAAAGUAUAUCUAUAAAAUCAAUCGUCAACGAUUUGAAGAGCUUGGGCCAAUCUAUCGUGAAGCUUUAUUUGGCAUCGAUUUAGUUUAUGUUUCCAAGCCUCAAGACGUCGCGGCAGUCUUUCGUAGUGAAGGCAAAUAUCCUGAAAGACCGUUAAAUAUAUUUCAAAAAUUAAUUGAUUAUCGUUCACAUCGCAAGAUGCCUCUUGGCGUAUUAUUAGGUGGGGACGAAGCAUGGCGACGAGCCAGAAGUGUUAUGGAUAAGAAAAUGAUGAGACCAAAAGAAGUGUUAGCAUAUACUGAACGAGUCGAUGGAGUCUCACAAGACUAUGUCAAGAAAUUACUUCGUCUCAGAGGCGAAAAUGGUAUCGUUCAUGAUAUUGAAAAUGAAAUGUUUAAAUGGUCCAUGGAAUCUAUAGCAACAGUACUAUUCGAAAAGCGAUUAGGAAUGUUUAACGAUCCAGUUGAUCCAGAUGCUGAAUAUUUCUACCAAUCUUUGGCCAAAAUGUUUACAAGCUGUCAUUCAUUAACCUUUGCACCGUACAACAUUUUUAAAAAGAAGCAAUGGUGGAAUGAAUUUUUACUUUAUAGCGAUCGAAUUUUCAAUUACGGAAGCCAAGUUAUUAAUCAAAAAUUGCAAGAAAUUAAUAAUAAAGCCAAAGAGAAUAAGGACGUACAAGAUUCUGAGGAAACGGAAUUCUUAGCUUAUAUUUUAAAUACCAAAAAAUUAAGCUUAAACGAAAUUAAUGCUAACAUGAUGGACUUGUUUAUAGCUGGUGUUGAUACAGUUGUGCCAGAUGGAGAAAAAUUAACAUCUGAAAUGAUUAAUAAAAUGCCGUUAUUAAAAGGAUGUGUUCGAGAAACAUUACGGCUAUAUCCGGUAGCUCCAUCUGUUCCACGAAAGGUUAAGCAAGAUACCGUUAUUGGUGGCUAUCAAAUUCCAGCAGGAACUUUCGUAACGGCAGCAUCCUAUGCAAUAGGCCGAGACUCGGAAUUAUACAGUGAUCCGGAUAACUUUAAACCGGAGCGAUGGCUUCGUGACAGCGAAGAAAGUGCAGGAGGUUAUAAAUUCACUCCAUUUGGGUUUGGACCUAGAAUGUGUCUAGGGAGGCGUAUUGCAGAAUUAGAAUUGGAAACAUUGCUUGUGCAACUGCUACCCAAAUGCUCUAUAGAGGUAAAGAAUGAAAUAGAGAAUAGGCAGACAACUCGAAUGAUUUUAGUACCUGAAGAUCCGAUGCUAUUCGAGUUAAAAGAUUACCAAUAA